AUGUCAGAACCCCAGUUCUUUGAGACGAUCACCAAGUCCUUUACCGACGUCAAGGUAGAUGAAAAGGGCGUCAAUACUGCCGAUUUCUGCGAGGCCUCCGAGAACUUGGUCAAGAUCUUCGGCCUGUUCGGCAACCCAGCAUUCUCGGUCGUCCAGAACGACUUGACAGGCAACAUUGCUAAAGUCCGCGCCUACCUCCUCCACAACCCUACCGACGGCGACACCCUCGAAUCCCUGCUCAAGACCGACAAGGACAAGAAGGCUACGACCGGUCUCCUCUGGCUUCUCCGUGGACUCAAGUUCACCUCUUUGGGUUUGCGUGAGAACGUCAAUAACCCAAAAGAGGAGCUCAGCGCUAGUUUCACAAAGGGGUACGAGGGCAGUUUGAAGAAGUACCACGGCUUUGCGGUCAAGCCAAUCUUCUACCUCGCAAUGAAGGCCUGCCCUUACCGCGCCACAUUCUACCCCAAACUCGGUCAACCGCAGGACGUCGUUAUGGAGAAGCUGGAGGCUUGGCUAGCGGCUCUCGAGGAGCUUGUCAAGAAGGAAGAGGGCGUCUUUAAGUCGGGUGGCUACGGCGAAGUAUAG